AUCGGGGAGCACAACGUCCAGGAGCUCAUCGUCGCCGCCGACAUGCUGCAGCUCACCGAGGUGGUGGAGCUCUGCUGCGAGUUCCUCAAGGGGCAGAUCGACCCGCUGAACUGCAUCGGCCUCUUCCAGUUCUCCGAGCAGAUCGCCUGUCACGACCUGAUGGAGUUCACCGAGAGCUACAUCCACGUGCACUUCCUGGAGGUGCAGGGCGGGGAGGAGUUCCUGGCGCUCACCAAGGAGCAGCUCGUGAAGAUCCUGCGGAGCGAGGACCUGAGCAUCGAGGACGAGUACCAGGUUUUCAUGGCGGCGAUGCAAUGGAUCCUGAAGGACGUGGGGAAAAGGAAGAAAUACGUCGUAGAAGUGCUGGAGCCUGUUCGGUUCCCUCUGCUCUCGGCAGAAAGGCUGCUAAAAUACAUAGAAAGUAUUCCAGAUUUCAGUCUCCGGGUGGCCCUGCAAACUCUGUUGAAGGAAUAUUGUGAAGUCUCAAAAUCCCCCAAGGAGAACAGGGUCCGGAGUUUCUUGCAGGCUUCAAAAAGUCGUCCCCGGAGGAAAGCCAGGAAGUACCUCUAUGCAGUAGGUGGGUACACCCGACUGCAAGGAGGACGCUGGAGUGACAGCAGAGCCCUCAGCUGUGUGGAGCGGUUUGACACCUUCAGCCACUACUGGACCACAGUGUCCUCUCUCCACCAGGCCCGGAGUGGGCUGGGAGUGGCUGUGGUGGGAGGAAUGGUCUAUGCCAUUGGAGGUGAGGACAACUCGAUGAUGUUUGACUGUACUGAAUGUUAUGAUCCUGUUACUAAGCAGUGGACCACUGUGGCUUCCAUGAACCAUCCCCGUUGUGGACUGGGAGUGUGCGCAUGCUAUGGUGCUAUCUAUGCUUUGGGAGGUUGGGUCGGAGCAGAGAUUGGUGACACAAUUGAAAGAUUUGAUCCUGAACAAAACAGUUGGGAUGUGGUGGGGAAUAUGGCUAUGCCCCGUUACUGCUUUGGGUGCUGUGAAAUGCAAGGUUUGAUUUAUGUCAUUGGUGGCAUCAGCAGUGAAGAGGCAGAGCUACGUUCUGUUGACGUCUACGACCCAAUAUCUAAACGCUGGUCUGAGCUCCCUCCAAUGAGCACACGAAGAGCAUAUCUUGGUGUAGCUGUUCUCAAUGAUUGUAUCUAUGCUGUGGGAGGCUGGAAUGAAUCUCAGGAGGCACUUGCUAGUGUGGAAAGAUACUCAUUUGAAGAGGAGAAGUGGUCUGAAGUUGCUCCGAUGAAGAUACCAAGGGCUGGUGUCUGUGUUGCGGCUGUGAAUGGACUUCUCUAUGCCUUGGGAGGCCGAGCGCCCAGUCCUGAUUUUGCUGCUCCGGUAACCUCCGACUCUGUUGAAGUCUAUAACCCUCAUAUGGACAGUUGGACUGAAAUUGCCAACAUGAUCACUAGCCGCUGCGAAGGAGGUAUAGCUGUGCUCUGAAACACAAAGAAGACAACUCAUUCAAGGAAUGAGUAAAUCUCUCCUCAGAUUUCUGGUUUCAUUGGCCAGAAACCUCUUUUAACACAGGACCUUCAGUGGAGAAUUAGAUCAGAAGGAUUUUCCUGAGCAGAAGGAAAA